ACGCAGCCCUGUGCGCGGGGGUGUUUGAAUAAGGCAGGGCAAGAGAUGACGCCUUCUUUCUCCUUAGCGUGUCACGGGAAUAGAUGGAAAAGACUGAGCAGGCUGUAAAAAUGGAAGUAGUAUAUUUUAAGAGUCCGUACUCACUAGAAUGCCAAGGCUCUAUGACAGUAACAGCCCUCGUUUUUGCUGUUGCUCUUGUUUCCUUAACACAGUGCCAUCAUAAUUUGGGAUAUCCUUGUAAGAAUCAUGAGGAUUUGUCAGUUGUGCAUGAGCGAAGAGCAUAAUGGAGGUUAAGAAAAUAACAUUUUCAAUCAUGAGCGUGCGCAGCUUCAUGCAGAGCUAUGGAAGUGUGCUCUGGUAGGAAAAGUGGCUUUCUGGUUCCAGAAAACAGCCCUUAAGUGUCUGAUGCUGUAUUGUGCACGCUCCACUUUUGGCUCAGGUAGGAGUAGCUGCUUUGUUUCCUGAGAGAGUUCAUUGAUAAGAUUUUUAGAAUCAAGAGUGUGCAGUUUUCCCAUCGCUGUUAAAUUUCUUGUAGGUCUUUUUUUCUGGACUAGUUCUUUCUCUGGAUCUGUAUUUUGAUAGUUGAGGACUCAGUAUUUCUACUUACGGAAGCCUUUGGAAGGACUGCAGAGAUGAAGCACGGAAAAUCGUCACAUCCAAAGGAUUUACUUGAAGUAGAAGAUCACUGACUACUACAAUGGAAAAGUCACGGAUGCUUUGGACCUUUGUUGAAAGAUGGCUACUAGCUUUGGCUUCCUGGUCUUGGGGUCUCUGCCGUAUUUCUCUUUUACCUUUGAUAGUAACUUUCCACUUGUAUGGAGGCAUCAUACUACUCUUACUAAUAUUUGUGUCAAUAGCAGGUAUAUUAUAUAAAUUCCAGGAUAUGCUGCUUUACUUUCCUGAACAGCCCUCUUCAUCACGCCUUUAUGUUCCUAUGCCUACUGGUAUACCACAUGAAAACAUCUUCAUCAAAACCAAAGAUGGAGUUCUUCUCAAUCUUAUUCUGCUGAGAUACACGGGGGACAAUGCAGCAUAUUCUCCAACCAUCAUUUACUUUCAUGGGAAUGCAGGCAACAUUGGCCACAGGUUGCCAAAUGCUUUGUUAAUGCUAGUAAACCUGAAAGUAAACUUAAUCCUAGUUGAUUAUAGAGGGUAUGGAAAAAGUGAAGGAGAAGCAAGUGAAGAAGGCCUGUACAUAGAUUCUGAGGCUGUGUUAGACUAUGUGAUGACUCGGUCUGAUCUUGAUAAAACAAAAAUUUUUCUCUUUGGCCGUUCCUUAGGGGGAGCAGUAGCUAUUCAUUUAGCAUCUGAAAAUUCCCAUAGGAUAUCUGCCAUCAUGGUUGAGAACACCUUUCUUAGCAUCCCACACAUGGCCAGCACUUUGUUUUCUUUCUUUCCAAUGAGAUACCUUCCUUUAUGGUGCUACAAAAAUAAGUUUUUGUCCUACAGAAAAAUCUCUCAGUGCAGAAUGCCUUCGCUCUUCAUCUCUGGGUUGUCUGACCAGUUAAUUCCACCAGUUAUGAUGAAGCAACUUUAUGAAUUAUCCCCAGCUCGGACUAAGAGAUUGGCAAUUUUUCCUGAUGGAACUCAUAAUGACACUUGGCAGUGCCAGGGAUAUUUCACUGCACUCGAACAGUUCAUCAAAGAUGUAAUAAAGAGUCAUUCCUCUGAAGAAAUGGCAAAAACAUCAUCUAAUGUAACAAUAAUAUAACUGAUAUUCUUCUUUGGUGUAGGGCUAUACCUGCACUGUGUCUUGGUUUGUGAGAAGUGGUAAAAGAAUGCCCAUUUUUAAAUGUAUGUCAUGUCUGUACUUGCCUGAAGAGUGAAAUUAAACUUUGAAAGGUCUGAUGCUUUAUUAAGAUGUUCCAGAUAACUUUUACAUUUGCAGCAUUGUAAAUGAACCAUUUUAUGUCUUUCUCAUACUUUUUUGAUAUCUGUCCAAAUACUCCAUUUGUUUGAUAUGUACAACAGUUGCUAUUAAAAGAAAAAAAAAAAAAAAAAACUUGCUACAAGAAUAGUACAGAACAUGUUAGUUUAGAACAAUGGGAGGCUUCACUGCUGUAUGUGUGAGCUUUAUGGACAGUCAUGGUUAGCUCAAUGAUUUGUUGUUUCUUCUGGAGUUUAUUUAAAUUGUGCCAUGCAUGAGAUAGUUUUAUUCCUUGAAAUUUUAUAUUAUGCAAGGUGGGAAGUCUUUUAAUGUGCUAAAUAAUGUACAAUAACAUUAAUGAUAGUGUAUACUCACAAGUAUACCAUCCUUCAUUAUUUUUUUUUAAAACAGUUAUACAUACACAUUUAUAUAUAUAUAUUUCAAACUGCAAUUGAAGAGGAAAUGACAUUUUCCCUGUUCUCAGUUUACUGUUUGUAUUAUAGUAUGGCCCACUUUUAAUUAUAAAGUUGUAAGUGGCUGAAUAUGAUGGCUGGUGGAUUUUGCCCAGGCAGUUUCUUCGUAAAAGAUAGAGGUAACACUCAAAAAGAGAGCAGUAUGAUUUGACUUCUAAAGGUCCUCUCCAACUAAAUCUCUCAUCUGUUUGCCUGAAAGUUAGUGUUGGUGUUGUCAGCCCAUAUACCUGAGGUAGGAUUUCCUAAGGCGGAGUGGUCAGUGUGAUGGAAGGGAGCAUCACGCAAGUUACCUAUUUGUGUUUGGUUUUAAAUAUCCGUGCCCUUUGUUUCUUUUGGAGGUAUAAAUAAAUCUAAAUAAAUACCAGUGAUUACAGUUGGGGAGUAACAUAGACUGGCAUUACAGUAAGAGUAAUAAAAAUGAGCAGCACGUUAACAGCUAUAAGAUUAGUUGGAGAACAUUAAUACUCUCUUGCUUAUAAAACAAAUUUAAUUUUUUUUUGCACUUCUGUCACGUGGUGUGAAAGUAGCCUAUGCAUAGGCAGUAGAACUGAGUUUUCUUUAGUUAUACUGGAAUUUUUUAGGAUCAUAUCAUAUCAGAGCCAGCAAUGCUCUGAAUGAGCGUGAUUCUGACUCGAUGUUAGGUUUUGGCUUUUUCCAAGUAAUCUUUCCAAACUUGCAUGGUAUUAGUUCAGUUUAAUGGGGUGUGUUGUGUAAAUUAUUCUAUAGAUUGAACUGCCCAUCUGCUGCAGCUGAGAGUUUGCCUCUUCAAUUUUUAUGGGAAGAGCUGUGGAAAAGUCUUCCACCAACACCAAACCUGUACAAUUUCCCUUGAGGUUGAAAUUUUUAAAUAAAAUUAUUUUUUCACCAUGAUGCUGUGAUUCAGAAAAGCAUCAGAAUAUUUUAAGCUUGAGCAUAAGUUCUUUUGUUGAAUAAAACUGCUUUCCUGAACUAGUACUUCAGUAGUUAUGCCUCCAAUUUUUUACAUGGAAUUAGUUAUUAUGUGGACAUGCAUGUUGUCAAGAUUACAGAUAAUGAUACUUAUUUUAUUAUAAACACUUCAAUAUCAUCCUUUCUAUUUUUUUUUUUUUCUUUUUUAAACAAGCAUACAUACCAGAAUUUGCUUCUAACUCUGGUAAGUAUAUUUUGUCAUUCUAUUACUAAGAUCCAUUCAGAAAUGGUUGAAGAAGGUGUAGACGCUUUUGAACCUGAAGACUUAAAAUCAUUGUAGACCAAGUAUAGCUUAGAACUUGACAAACCAUGUCCUCAAAUGUACAAUGGUCUUCUUUUUUCAGAGAUUUUUGAAGAAAAGAUUUUGGUGCCAUUUGAUUUGGGUGGACUGAGGAGCAUUCUCUUUUUGUGGUGUUUUAAAAAACAGUGCUGGUUCUUCUGUCACCCAUGAUAUAUUGCUUCAGUUAUUUCAUAAUACUUUUGAAUUAAGGUGGAGGGAUAAGGGAGAAAGAAAAAUAAGUGGAUAUGUACUGCUUUUUUCUGAAAACAAGUGAUAAAGCCAAAAGAAAAGAAAAAAAUUACUGGAAGACUAAAUACAGAUAAAUAGUUGUUUCAAAAGUUGUCAUAGCUUGCCAUUAAACACUAUUGUAUUUGUCAUUAUAUGUGAAUUUCCUAAGUAAAGAUUCUGUUCCACUUUGCACAGAUCAAAUAGGCAGGCAAAAACAUCAACCCAGAACACCUCCAUUUCCCUUCCAGCCUUCUGGAUUAUGUGGCAUUUCCAUACAAAUGAAUAUUCUCGUUUGGGCCCACAGUUAACGUCAAUGUCAUUUGUGUGGCCUUGGGUUAUAGUAAAGAGGAGCUGUUCAUAGUGCACUGUAUUUAAACCUUACUUUUUAUUAUCAAGCCAUAUCUUUUCACCAUAGUGUCUGCAGGACAUAAAGAUAUCUGGUUUUACAAAUACCGAGAAGAUGCAGUCAUCAUAUAUGCAUACUUAAUGUAUUCCACUUUCCGUAUGAGGAAGAAGCAAAAAUGGGCUUAAUACAUCGGACACAUCCACAUGCAGAUGAAUGCCUAUUACCAUUCUGUUUUUCAUUGCAUUGGCUAUGAAAGCCACUGAAAGAAGACAGGAAGAAAGUAGUUAUGCAAAUAUUCAAAUGCUGUAAAUAUGAUCUGAGGGAAAAGAAAGAAGAAUCUUGUAGCUUGACAAAACAGGACUUGCUUUGUUUUGUGGUCUGUAUGAUGGCAACUCAUGGUCGUCUUCUGUGGAAAGCCAUUUUCAGACAGUACAUUGCAAGAAUCAUAGUAAUAAUUUCAUAUUGCCAAAAAUUCUUAAGAUACUAUUGCAUUUAUUGCACUUAAUUCCAUUAUAUGUUUUCCCAUACCAAUUCUCUGUUUGUGUAUAAAUGUUUCCCAAGUGAUUGUUGUAUGUGUAUAUAUAUGUUUCUAGUUUGAGAAGAGGAAGUUGAUUUAUUUUCACAGAUUUGUAAGAAAGCCUUUCACAUUGAAUAUGUUCAUUAAAGGAAUUGUCCCUUUUAUAAGAGGAACUUUGUUUAAAAAAAAAAAAAGGAAAAAAAAAAGU